UCUGUCUCCACACAUUGGUACCAAACAACACACUCACACACACACACUCAUUCCACAGGUCUCAUAUUCUCUUUGCGGUGGGUGAGUCUUUGCCUGAACUGCUUCAGCCCGUCGUAGCCGCCAUAAAGCUGCGCAUUGCCCGUGAACACCGCCUCGUCCGACGCACACCGCAACAGCGCCCAGCGCAGCAGAUUCCCCAACUGCACACACGCAACACACAACACACACACGCUUGGAUGGAUGGAUGCCCUCUGGAUGCUCACCGGUCCGUUGACAUAGAUCUUGUUGAGCUCCUUCCGGCCCAUCAGCCGCAUGGUGGCCAUCCGCGGCCGCCUCAACUCGCUGUAGGCCGACAGCCCCUCCCGCAGACGCGCACUACCCGGCAGCAGGGAGACCGGCCUGUGCGUGACGCCAGCUGCCUUGUCGCCAAAACCAUGGUGUCUGAGUGUCUCGAAGAGCAGCACGGCGUCCUCUAUGGCACUGUUUGCACCCUACACACACACACACACACACACACACAGAGGAGGUGUCCUGCAAGCACACAUAACGGCAUUGGUAGGUCACCAGCCCUAGGGUGGGCAGCAGGCAGUGUGCGGCGUCGCCGAUGAGCACCGCCCCGUCAGAAGAGUAGGAGGGCAGCUCGGGCAGGUCAUACCACCGCCACAAGACGGGAGCGUUGGACACAGUAGUGGCCAAAUGGGCGUCUGAACGAACCGAUGGAUGGAUGGAUGAAUGGAUGGUGCGUGUGAGUGAUGAGUGUGCGUGUGGAUAUCGGCUCGGCGCACCUCCCGCUUCUUUGAGUGACGCCUCGGCCGCACCCCACUUGAUGUAGGACAAAACCGCCGAUACCAUCGGCACUGAAAACCCUGCAGACCAUCCAUCCAUCCAUCCACAGCACCACAACGAUAAGCGCUUUAUGUGCCCACCUCUGAACUGUCCCUCCACAAAUGUCUUCCACUCCAUCGGGGUGCACUUGGCCAGAGCCCCGUGAGGGCACUUUCGCCUCUCAAGAGCUUCGUGGACGCAGAAUACCCAGCCCACUGUGUGAGGGGCGCAGGGGAUGAGCAGCAUGCUCACGCCGGCACGUAGGUAGUAGUCGAAUGCACGGCCACGGCAGCACUCGCGCAGCAGCCGGGCUGGUGGGGACCUGUGCAAUGGCGACAGCUCAAUCAACCCACCUGUAGCAGCACACACACACACACACACACACACACACAGAGAGAGAGAGAGAGUCUGUGUCUGUGUGUGUGUGUGGUGAGCGACCUACCGAUGCUUGUGGCGGGUGCUUCCUGCGGCUGCGGUGCUUCGGGAAAGAUCAGCCGCCGGACUGUGGAGCUGCAGCCAUCCGCACCGAUGAGCACGUCACCCUCGGCCGUCGUCCCAUCCGCGAAAGUCACACUCACGUUCAUCGGACGGCACUCUGUUACACAUAGAACACACAAGUACAGACACAGAAAGACGAUCUUCAUGUGUUUCCGUGAAUCCAAUCAUCUGUGUGUAUCACACCAAUGUGAGCGACUUCCUUGCCGAAGUGGAUGUGUCUGCGCAUGGGCCGCUGAAGGCGCGACAGCAGGGCACGGCGGGGCACGUCCACACCCCAGGGAGGCUCGCUGGCGUCCAGGGAGCUGCAACACAUGGAGGGAAGGAAGAUGGUCAUUCAUGUGUAGUCAGUCGUUGGAUGUCAUCCACACGUACAUGUUGCGGAUCAGUUUGCCGUCCGCAUCGAAGAACCUGACCUGGGAGAGGGCCAGGCCGAGGCCACCUGCCGGAUGAGAUGAGAUGAGAUGACAGCCAGAAGCAUCAGAUCAGAGCACCAACCCACACACCUCACGAACCAACCCAGACAGACAGACGUGCUUCCGUCCCGACUGUCUUAUUACCGGUGCUGAUGCCGAGCUCUUUGAGAGCGUUGAGACCGUUCCGCCACAGGUAGUAGUUCACACCGCCAUAUCGAUGGCGCUGACGACUGCACACACACACACGAGUCGGACACAAGCAAGAUUCGCUGCUCUGGAGUGCAGUCGUGACCUCUCGAAGAUCUGCACUGAGUGUCCGUGGUUUUUCGCCGCCUUCCCCGCGGCGAGGCCCCCGAUCCCGCCGCCAACCACCAGCACGCGCAGACGCCUGCAGAGAUGCAACAGGCCACAUGCAGACAAGGUGGUUCUCACACAUGCCAUUCAUGCCUCUGUGUUUUGUUGCCAUACGUGUGUUCCUCUGCUGUGCAGAUGGCCGUCCAGAGCAGGCCCAGCACGAGGGAGGGAAGCAUUAGCCUCGUCAGCCUGAUGAGGUCUUACACACAGAAUGAAUCAUGGAUCAAUCAUCUUGGGUCCAAACUUUCAAGAUCAUCCCACAUCGGCAGUGCGGAGUACGCUGAUUUCGCUCCAAG